GGGAAACCCUAAUUGCGCACUGAGUGAAAAUGGCGGUACCGUUGCUUUCCAAGAGGAUCGUGAAGAAGCGCGUGAAAAAGUUCAAGCGCCCCCAAAGCGAUCGCAAGAUCUCCGUCAAGACAAACUGGCGCAGACCCAAGGGUAUUGACUCUCGUGUUAGGAGAAAGUUCAAAGGAUGCACUUUGAUGCCAAACAUUGGUUAUGGUUCCGACAAGAAAACUCGCCAUUAUUUGCCAAAUGGUUUCAAGAAAUUUGUCGUGCACAAUGUGAAAGACCUGGAACUUCUCAUGAUGCACAACAGGACUUACUGUGCUGAGAUUGCUCAUAAUGUAUCCACAAGGAAGAGGAAGGAGAUAGUUGAGAGAGCUGCUCAGCUUGAUGUUGUUGUGACAAACAAAACAGCCAGACUACGCAGCCAGGAAGAUGAAUAGGUCCCAUUGUCUGUUGAUUUUGAUCAUCCUUGUUAUUUUUGUAGGGAGCUUCAGUUGAAACCCUUGAUGCUAGAUUUUGAUCAUCUUUGUUAUCUUUGUUUUGGCCUAAACCUGUUUCAUGUCAUACAUUUUUAUAUUGCUUA